AUGUUUAGUACAGAGGAAUUUAUUCGACAAUAUUAAAACCUAGCUAAUGCUGAUAAAACCAUUAGUCAUCAAGCAAAUCAAUACAUUCUCAAACUACAACAAAGCAAUGAGGCAUUCGCAAUUGCAAAAGAAUUGUUAGAUCAACCGAAUAUACAAUAAGAAUAUUAAUUCAUAGCAUGCUAGAUGAUAUACAGAAGAUUGAAAGAAGAAUGCAAUAUUGCUAUCCAACCCUAUCUUCUAGAAUUAUUAGCAAGACCCUUACCAACUGUUGCUAUGAAUUAGGUCUGUUCUUCUUUGGCGGUGAUCAUAGUUGGUAAUCGAUCACUAUGGGGAGGGUAUAAUUUAAAAUAAAACUAGAAUAUUACAAGAGUUGAUUUAGUUGAUGAAAGCCAAAAUGACAAUAGGAAUUGAAAUUUUAACAUAAAUUGCAAUAUAGGGCAAAGAAUGGUAUAAAAAAAGCGAAUAGUUAAGAUUGUAAUAGGAAUUCAUUACUUAAGAAAAUACGUUGUCUGAGAUAUUCCUGAAUUUGCUCUGGGUGUAAGACUUGAGCGUAUUUAACUAAACAGUGUAUUGUAUUGAAUGUUGGGUGCAAUUCUCAUUUAAUAUAUUCAAAGACUUGAAAUUAACUCAAUAAAUACUAAGUUUAAUACAUCAAACACUUUCAACAAAUGCUACCGAGUAUAGUGAUAAAUUAUUUGCCUUAUUAAAUGAAGGUGUCAUCUUCUCAUAGUACAAUAGAUAAUAGAAUGUAAAUUCGAUUGAUGCUCCAGUGUUAUAAAACUUAAAUUUGAUUCUUGAAUUCAUCAUAAAAAUCUACAGUCCUCAAAUGUCAAAGGGAUAUGCCUCAUUUGUAACUAAAUUUAUCUGUGAUUUCUAUGCGAUAGUUUUCAACUCCAAAUAUGAACAGGCAGUGUUUAAUUUGAUGGGUAACAUUGUGAGUAAUCCAUCGAGGAAGAUUGCGUUUUAAACAUUCGAAUUUUGGAGCUAGAUGAGAGAAUAUAACAAAUUACAAGGGUUUGGUUUGAAUAUAUUAUAAACAAUGAUCGAUAAAUGUAGAAUGAAGACAAUCAAAUUGACAAAGGAAUUUCUAUUAGGAGAGCCCGAGGAAGAGGAUGCUGAUUAUAAUGUUAAGUAUUAUGAAGGAGGUUAACAUUUUAUAUCGACCUCUGAUUUCAGAGAACAUUCUAAGGAUAUUUUUUAUAGCAUCUAUAAAAGUGCUGAAAUGAAUAUGCAAUCAGACUAAUACUUUCAGAUCGUGUUGACUAAUUUGGUUAUUUCAAGUCCUGAUUCUUAAAUGCAAAUAAUUCAAAGUGAGUCAGCAUUGUUUUCAUUAUGCUCAAUCAUAGAUGAGGCAGACAUUUAAAUCAACAAUCAACUCAUAUUGCAAAUAGUUCAAUUUAUUUUGUCAUUACCAGUUCAUCCAAACUUUGACAUCAUCGUUAAAACAUCCUUAUAAAUGUUUAGUGAGUUCACCAAUCAAUUGUAAUUGAAUAGUGAGAUUUUGCUUCAAAUUACUUAAUACUUCUUCAAAUACAUGCUUCAUCCAUUAUUGGGACCUUUGGCAGGAGUGUACUUAUAUAUUAAUAUAUGAUUUUAGAGCAUUUGAAUAGAUUUGCAAUUUAAGCACUUUGAAUAAUAUUUAAUUAAUAUCUGAAAGUGUCAAAUUCUUAGAGUUGCAUUUUAGUGAGUUCAUCAAUCAAUCCCAAGUGAGUAACUACAUUGAGGGAAUAAUAAAGUUGUGUUACAGAUUAUUUACAUAAGGAAGCACUGAGUGUUUAAUAUAGGUAAAAAUGAGAGUAAUUAUAGUUAUUCAAUUUUGCAAAUCAUCAAUUUUAACAAGUCAAGAAUCCUUAAGUAACUGAAAAGGAAUUUAAUUACAAUAACACUUUAGUCAUUACCAUAAUUUAAUGGAUGAAUUUGAAUGCCAGAGAGAAUGAAUAAAUAAAGUAAUUAUUAGAUCUAUUAUGCCAAUCAAUAUUUGAACCGUUGAUUGUUGUCUUACAAGGGUAGUAAAAUUGUGCUUUAUAUGAUGAAUUUUUCAAAUUAAUUCGAAUUAUAUUGAAAGUGUCAAACUACUAAAAUUAAUAAUAGGUAAUUCAUCUGUUGUAAAUUUCCUAUUAAGUAUUUCAUUCAGAUCCAAUUUAAAAACAUAAUUGGUUAUAAUUAAUAACUUAAGCUAUUGGUAGAUCUGCUGAUCAUUAAUUUGUUGCUCAGUGGGCCAAAGUAAACGAUUAUUAAAUUCAUUUAUUUUGUAUAGAAUAAUUCAAAUGUUGGAAGGAUCCAGAUUUAAUGAAGGUCUAUGUUGAAUAUGUCAAGGAAUGCAUAAGAUGUUGUCAAUCAGUACUAUUUGAAUCACCUUAUUUGUAAUAAAUAAUUGAUGUGAUUUGUGAUGCAUUUUUAACACUUAAUUCAUAUGAAAUGCAAAGAGAAAUUCUACAUUUUUUUAAGUAUCAUAUAAAUUUAAUAAGUUAGAAUUUUAUUUUAGUGUGUAGAGAAUAGUUAAGAAUACUUCAAUCCUUUGGUGCUCAAGAUUAUUAAGACUCUAUUUAUGUCCAUUAGUGACAUAAAUCCUGCAAUUGUGUUUUAAGUAGUAUAGAUUUUAGUAUUGGUUUUGUAAAAAUAAGUGAAUCCUAAUGAUCUAGAAGAAUUAAUUUAUUAAACAUUAUAACAAAGUUGGGGAAAGGAUAAACCAAUUUAGAAAGUAAAGUUAGUCAGUCAAGCCAUUAUUACAUACUUAAUAAAAUCUGAGUAAAGUGAAGUAAAUAGGAAUUUGAAAUUAUUACUUGAAAAUUUAAGACCUAUGAGCGAAGAAGAAAUCAAUUAUAUGUAAUUGGAAUUAGUAAUAAAGCGAAAAUGAUUGAAUUUUUAUUGAAUGUGUACCCUAAAAAUUUCA